UUAUGUUUUAAAUUGUAUUUUCGAUAGUACUAUUUUUACAUCUUGUCGUUGUGUAAAAGCGCGCAGUUCACACAGUAUCUAAUAGUUAAUAUUGUAGUAUCUUUUUUAAAAUAUUCUUGCGUCAGCUAGAAUUUUAACUAAACGUUACGAUUUAAAAAUUACGAAAUAUACGAAGUGUAAUCAUAUUACGCAGAUUAUUGAAAUUUAUAAAGUGAAAUUUCCAUAUUAAGAUGUUUCGUCGAAUUAUUUAUUGUAUUAAUCUCGUUAAACGAUAGUUGCCAAAUCCAUAUUACGAAAUCGUGUUGUAUAAAAAAAUGUUCUUGGUCAUCGCAAGUUAGUGUUGCUGUGUAUUGUGGACGUUAUAAAAUGUGUUUAAAACAUAAUUAGCAUCGUAUUAUUUAGGUUAGAAAACUAUGAUUAGUAGAUUUAUGAAAAUUCAGAUGAAAUCUAUGAGUUGAUAAUGUUUGUAAUAUAUGAAUGAGAUAUGCAGGAUCAAAUCAAACAAAGACUUUUGCGUACUUUUCUUGCAAUAUUUGGAUAUAACUUGCAUGUCUACGUUAAAGAUGUCUGCCGUAGAGGCACCACCUUUUAUUCGAACCAUAGAAUGGGAUAUGAUGGACAAAACAAAGUUUUUUCCAUUGAGUAUGUUGUCAUCAUUCUCUGUACGAUGCUGCCUCUAUCCUCUUACUGUAAUAAAAACCCGUCUUCAGAUACAGAGACAUAAUGUUAUGUAUAAUGGAAUGAUAGAUGCCUGCAGAAAAAUUUAUAAACUGGAAGGAUUUUCUGGGCUCUACAGAGGUUUUUGGAUAAGUUCUAUACAAAUUGUAUCUGGAGUAUUUUAUGUAUCGACUUAUGAAGGAGUGCGCCACUUAUUAGGAAGAGAACCUCUUGCUCUUCGUAUAGAUUCUCUUGUAAAAGCAUUGAUUGCAGGAGGUGCUGCUAGUUUAGUAGGUCAAACAAUAGUUGUACCAUUUGAUAUUCUCAGCCAACAUCUAAUGGUUCUUGGGAUCAAUAACAAAAGUGGUAAAAUUUAUAUAGAUAAGUUAGGGAUGAACCCAUUAGGUUUAAAUCUAGAGCCUGGUAGGUCGCGUGCUCAUAUAUCUAUAGAAGUUGUAAGAUCAAUAUAUCAAAGAGAUGGUUAUAAAGGUUUUUAUCGUGGAUAUGUAGCAUCUUUAUGCGCAUAUGUGCCGAAUAGUGCUCUUUGGUGGGGUUUAUACACGGUAUAUCAGGAUGAACUUAUAAAGAUAUUUCCAAUAUGGUUUUCACACUUAUUCAUCCAGGCAGUGGCUGGUACACUUGGUGGUUUUACAACAACUAUUAUUACGAAUCCAUUAGACAUUGUAAGAGCAAGGCUACAAGUGCAAAGAUUAGAUAGUAUGCUUACUGCAUUCAAAAUUUUGUGGAUUGAAGAAGGACUUAAAAUGUUUACAAAGGGGUUAUCGGCUCGUCUUGUUCAAUCAGCUUGUUUCAGUUUUACAAUAAUAUUAGGAUAUGAAACUAUCAAGAGAGUUAGUAUCAAUGAAGAAUAUAAAAGUUUUAUCAGAUGGUGAAUUUAAAAUGUCCAUUCGUAGAAAUGUACAUUUCAAUGAAAUAAAAUGCAUUUUAUUAAAAAAUACAUAUGUAAAAACAGAUGUGCAAACGAAAUCUCUAGAAGAGAAGUAAAAAAAAAAUGAAUAUAUAUAUACACACACACGCAUAUAUGAGAAAUAGUGAAUGAAAACACUAACAAUAAAGAAAUGAAAUUGCUUUGUCAAUUAUGCAAAUAUACAAAAAUAUUUUCAACAGUGAGUGCGAAAUCAAUGAUAUGUUUAAAAAGUAAGCAAGAAGCUACAAGUUAACAUUAAGUAGACUAUAGAUCACAAAUAUGUAAACAUCUAUAGCACAAAGCAUUACAGUGAAUUAGCAAGGGUUCCAUCCGAGGGCUUUAAUUUACGAUACUCAGACAACAGCCCGCCCAAAGAUCCCACUAUUUAUUAAUACUUUAAACUAUUAUAUGCAGCUAUUCGCUCUGGAAUCUUAUUUCAUAUUAUGGAGUAGUAUCGACCCAGAUUUCAUCGUGUGGAGGUUGCUGCAUCUGGAGUCCCAUAGGCUAAGGGUGAUUCAUUUAAGUAAAGUAAAUGAGAAUAAUUGAGAAUAAAAGAUAAUAGAUGAAAACGAAUAAAAAUAUAUAAGAACAAUAAAAUAAUUAUAAUUUUUCUGUGAGUUUCUCUAAGAAAUUAUUUUAGAAUUCUCCUAUAUUUAGUCUGUUUAUCUAUAUUCCAGUAUUAUCAGAUGUAGAAAAUGUAAGUACUUUAAUGUUUAGUUGCAAUUAAAAUGAAGAGAUUUUCGAAUCUAACUAUGAUAAGCAUUUAUAGUUGCCCUCUUAAGUCACAGUUUGUGGUGGGCCUCUUCAGCAUAUAGUUUUUUUUUUUACUUCAUGCAUUAAUCACUGCUCUAUAGCAUUCUCUAAGUGCAACACAUGGAAAAAAUAUUAAAAAUUAAAGUUUAUUAUGUAUAUCAUGAACUAUCCUAGCCUGUGAACAGUUAAUGGAUCAAAAGAAUCUAUCAAUCGUAUUCAUUUACACAGAUAUAUUUAUUUAAAUGCUGAAGUAAAUAUUUAAAUUAAUCGAUGAACCUAUUAUUAACACGUUGCAUUUAAAAAAUUAUAAAGUAAUGGACAAAGUUAUAAUAUCUAUGAUACAUCUUAUGAUCGUACUCAUUUUAUAGGACCAUUUUUACUUUGUAUUUUUAAUAUAUAUACUUUAUUAUAUUUACAUGUAUAACAAAUUAUAUAUUUUUGAAGCAAAUACGAAAACGAGUGUAGUGUCAAUAUGUUAAUAAGUAAUCCAACAUUUAAUAAGUAUGCAACAUGUUCAAAAAUCUUUGCUAAUUCGAAAGAAAUGAAUUUUUAAAUAAAUGCAAAGACUUUUAAACUGUUUGAUACUGACACACACACACACACACACACACAAUCAUAUAUAUAUAUAUAUAUAUAUAUAUAUAUAUAUAUAUAUACUUCAAAAGUAAAGUUUUCGACAUCGGAAUAUAAGAUGAGAUUUAGGCUUUUAAGGGGCUGCGUGGGAAUAUUUUUCUGUUUUUUUCACGAUUACAUGUUCCUAGUUCCUUUUUUAGAGAUGUUUGUAGGUUCUUUCUAAUAUUUUGUCGGCUUUGAUAAUGUUUCCGAAUGAAAAAAUGUACAGGUGUAAAUUAGGAUGAUAAUUACAUUAAACAGUAAUGAUCCUAAGUGAUUUGUUAAGCAGUUUUCCAGUUGAGAAACAAUCGCAUAGAUCUGAUAAAAGUAAUGGCAUAUAUAUAAUACAUGUUUUAUUAUAGUUUUAUGCAAGCAGUAUCCAAGGAGAUAUUAAAAAAAGAACCAAGUGGAUAAUUAUUACAAAACGUAUCUUCGCGCUUGCCUUGAAUAAAAUAAGACUCCUUUUGUUACGGCCUGAUGGUCAUUUCUCUUCCAAACACGUGACAAUGAAACUUUCAGAGUCACGUUAAGAGGAAAAAGAAGGAACAUAAAUAAAAGAUGUGAUGCUAGACGCCACGUUAUUGCCUGGUAGGGAUAUACGCACUUGCAUUGUUCUCAGUCGUGCCUCGAUAUUCGAUGGUUUCAACAGUCCUUUUUAGCAUCUUUCUCUCGAAUUUUUGGUGAUAAUUACAGGUAACUUAGUUUUUUAUUUACAUUCGUUCCUUGUUAUUUAACAGUAUUUCGUUGAAUCAUUUAUAUUUUAUUAAUCGUAUUUUCUACUUGUAUCAAAAUCGAGCUCGAUUUUUCACGUCUGAAUCAAGGAGACUUGCCAAGAAGAUCCCUUACAAGGGCCCACAUUCCAGGGCUAUUAUAAUGAAUCACAUUUGGGAAAAGGGAAUAAUACUGAUUGCACUCCUCGAUAAUCUAGCGAGGAAAAGAUGAUGAAGAAAAGAAAAGAAUGCCGUAAGUGUGAUGGGACUGAUAACGAAAGAUGGACAUCUUGGAGAUCCCUUUCUGUCAAAAUCAGAGUAGAAAAAUGCAUCUCCAUUUUUCCCUAACGAAGAAAGGAAACCGCUCGUCCUUCGCAAUUAUUGCCUUUAUAUUUUAGCAACACAAGAAUCGAUUCCUUCUCAGUUUCAGGCAUAGUUGCGAUAUCGUUCGGAAACUGAAAAAUAGAAAGAAAAUUAUCAUAAAGCGUUGAAAAUAUUUGUAAUGUUUGAUAUAAAAACAUAUUUGCCUCAAGUCGACGAAGAAAUUUGGCAUAAAUUAGAAACCGUAUGAAUUAGAUGAGUUACGUAACACUUAAAUAAAUAGAAUAUUGUUUAAAUAUUACUCUUUUUAUAUAAAAUAUAAGGUAGUAUAUAAACUGAAAUUUCCGCGUUUCAUAAUAUUAAAAUAAAAUUAAAUUAUACUUUACACGUGUUACAAACGGCGUAACGUUUAAGCAGUCGUGUUAUCUUUUAAAUAUUUGUUUAUAAUACUGCGCGUAAUUAAUAUUAACAUAUAUUGCUUAAAUAAUUAUAAAGUGAUAGAAAGCAUAAAAGAUUUAAGUUUAGCUGGAUCAAAUGGAUGAAUUUCGAUGUUUAUUUGACAGAACGCAAAAGAAAAUUAAUUGAAUUACUAUUAAAGUCAAUAGAAAAUUAAUUUUUGUCGAUAUUCUAAUGAGAUUCUUUGUUUCAUUAUAUACAUACAUCUAUAAUUCGACCGAUUCUUUUUUUGAAUUUUGAAUAAGAUUUAUCCGCGACGAUUUCAUUAUCUCCUUAUCGUUUUUAUCAUUUAUUUUGAUAAAAAAAAUUCGGAAUGAAUGAAACGAAAACCAUAACAUUUUUCUAUAUGGGUAUCUAUUAUCCUGUAUCAACGAAGAAAUGAAAAUUGAAAGGAACGAUAACACGGGAUUAUAUCGAUUUAUUAUGGGUUCUUUUUGUUAACAGAAACAGAAUUUAUCGUAGUUAUAUUUUGUAAGCCUUUUUACGAAAAUAGUCGGUGAAACUUUAAUAUAAUAAAGUUUUCAAACUUUUCGCCAUACAUCAGCCUCAGCCUGCACCCACCCUUUCUCUCAUUCCACCCAGAUUCGUCAUUCUGAUAAUUCAGUCAGUAAAGUUUUGCCAUAUAAUUAAUUUAUAUUUGAUCUGCAUAAUGAAAAUUACGAGAUAGAUUGAUAGAUAGAUAAUUGAUAGAUAGAUGAAUGAAUAGAUAAAUGAAUAAAGAACAAGAAAAAAAUGGAUGAAGAAAAAGAAAAAACAAAUCAGAUCGAAGUACCGCGUAAUUUAUCUAUCGAAAGUAUUAUUACAGUUUAAUUAUGAGAAACAGUCGUAACUCGUUGAUAUGACGAAAGUAAAAGUAACGAUUUCUUUUUUAUCUGUUUUCCUUUUUUUUCUUUCUUUUUUUUCGCUCAAAAUAAAUCAGAUAGGUGCAAUUCUUUCGCAUACUUUUCAUGUAAAAUUCAUCGAAUAUAAAUCAUCAUCGAAUAUAAAUUUAAAAUCUAGGUGAAAGUCACGUUGAGUGUAGCGUUACAAUAAAAAAGUUCAUUGUCUUGUUUU